GCAAAGGAUGCUAGGAAGCUAUCAAAUCACCUGCAUGGGAAUAGUCUGCAUUUCAAUGUAGUCUUCUGGCUCUUUUUGCAAUGCAAACACCGCUAACUAUCAGCUGCAGUCCAUGGAGGGCUAUGCUCUUAUGGACUCUACUCACUUUAGGAGGCAGCUAUGCUGAAAACAACUGCACAACUCGCAGAUGCCUGGCAGACAUGUUGGUCAACAAAAAAUUAAUCACUCAGCCCCAACGUGACAACUGCACUCAGUUCAUAUACGUAUCAGCUAUUGAGUACCAGACCAUCAAAGUGGACACAAAGAAUCUUCGUUUAAACUGUCGUCUACAGGCCAUAGUUGAAUGGACAGAUGAUGACUUGUACUGGGACCAGUCAAUUUACGCAUAUGACGAGGUCAUUCUGCCCGUCAACAAAGUGUGGACCCCAGAGAUCCAUAUAGCCAACGGAAUAUCAGCGAGCACACAGAACGGCUUUCGUGACCUGCUGGCGUUCAGCAACGGCACCUUGCGGCACAGACUGGUGCUGACAGCAGAGAUCAACUGUGAGUUUAACCUCUUCAACUACCCCUUUGCUGAAGAUGAGUGUCCUGUGGCCAUCCAAGCCUGGUCCACGCAAGGAUGCGGUACACACAUGGAAAUUGGUACUGUGACGGUGUUUGACGGUAGUCAUGGCGACUGGGAAACACUAGGCGCUUACCUCCACUCUCCAUCUUAUGACAGAUACUUCAUCUCGGUAGUGCUGAAGAUCAGGCAACAGAACCCCUUCAUCACCCUACUACUUCCGAGUAUUCUACUCAUCUUGGCCGACAUGGUGAGCUUUGCCCUGCCACUGGGAGGCGGCGAGCGCAACUCCUUCAAGGUCACCCUGGUGCUGAGCUUCACCAUGUUCCUCCUAAUCCUCAACGAUCAGCUGCCUGGCGACAGCGAGUGCAGCCCUGUGAUCAAAAACCACUUUUGUGUGUGCUUGGUGAUGCUGGUGGUGAGCAUGCUGGUCUCCAUGGUGCUCACACACGUGGCCAGAAAUGGAGGCAUCGUUUUCUGUUGCUGCCACAGAGGACCAAAGCCUGGAAGCAAUCAGAACAAAGCGGAUCAAGAAAUCAAAGCAGACGUCAGUGUCAUCCAGCUGAACGACUCAGAGGACACUCAGAUGCUCAAGAAGGUGGUGGACUUCCUGGAGGCCAUGAAAGCCCAGGAAAUUGAGAGUAGCAACAACGAGAUGUAUGCUGAUAGAAUAGACAAGACCUUUUUCUGGUUCUAUUUCAUUUUGGGAACACUGUACUUCUGUGCGAUGAUCACCGUGAUGGUGAAAUAUAACUGCGAGGUUAACCACUUGGAUUUCUGGUAACUGCUGCCAUGUUAGAAACGCUCAUAUGCACGAAUAUAUUGGACCACCAUCAUAGCACCAUCAAAGGGGACCUAUUAUGAUUAUGACAGUUUUUCUGAGCAAUAAAUGUAGUUAGAAUGUUACAUUACUGUGUAAAAUGAUGCAAAAGUUUCAGAUAAUGAGGUUUGCACAUUUGGAAGUGAGCCAAAUGGAGACCACAACUCAAUACAAAGUGUUGAAAAUGAGCAUAAUAGGUCCCCUUUGCACAUACAUGAGAAGAAAAUAGUAAAUAAUCUUCAUUUAAGCAUUUACCUCCUCAAUGGAGGAUAAUACAAUGAAUAUAUAAUACAUUUUUAUAGGCCUUAUUUAGAAUGGCUUGGGAGCAGCACUUGCAUAAACUGGUGUUUGUUGCCCUCUAGUAGCUACAACAUUCACUGCACGCAAAAUGGGCUACUGUUGUAUUUAGUAUCUUGACUUUUACAAAAAUGUUACUGAAAUAUAGUUGUUUUUCCCACUGUUUGCCAAUUAAACAACACUGAUCUUGCAUUUUGUGUCUUUUCAAAGCAGUCGUGGCAUUUUAAGACCUUUGAAUGCUCAAUUUGAGGAGUAAAUGUAAUUUGUAAGGAUAGUCGGUGGUUGGCGGGGGCCUCCAGCUUGUGCUCACUGUCGGUACGCAGUGACGUCACAAAAAAUGAUCUGAAACCGAGCGGUCAGAGCCACCCUAACUUCUUUCACUGCUCACUUCCAAAUGCGCAAACCUCAUUAUCUGAAACUUUGGCAUUGUUUAACACGAUAAUACAACAUUCUAACAACAUUUAUAGGUCAGAAAAGUGGAAAAAGCGUAAUAGAUCAUGCUCAUGAUCAUGCUGGUGGACCAGCAUCAUUAUUGAGACCUGGGGUCUCAUUUAUAAAACUUGCUUACGCACAAAAUGUGUCUUGAAAGUUGCGUACGCAAUUUCUUACUCACACACUGUUCAUGAACUUUAAUCACCAGCUCGGGCAGGGCUGUAUCUUACAGCUACAACAUAGCAUUGCAUUCUCAUUCAUGCGUGUCGUUGCAUUCUCCUGCACACUCUCCAUAGUCUUCCACUUCCUGUUGCGCUCUUAGCAGUGCAACAGUGCUCUCUACUGGUCAGUGUCGAGUGUACAGUCGAGUGUAGCAGUUAUGGUAUCAUUAUGGUAUUUCUUCAAGGCACAACAUGUUUGUUUCGCUUCCGUCUUCCUUAAUAACAUGAAACAGUCCAUUGCAUUAGAAGGGGGGAGCAACGGUCGAAAGAUUUAUGAACGAUUACGCACUUUGAUUUAGUUUUAAGCACGCGAAAUAAGACUAAAAGAGUAGCUUGACAAUGUAGCUUAAAUUGAAGAAACAACUCAAUAAUCACUUUUAUGAGUUCUUUGGCUGCCCCUGGAAUUGACGUUAAUAUAGUUAACAUGUAUUUUGUAUUAUUUCUAAUUUAAUUCUUGUUUAUUUUAUAACAGAAAAAACACAUUUUCGCACGAUGGACGGGUUGUCUUCCAAUUUGCCUGACUUAAAAUCGAUGCAUACCUAUUUCAAUUGGGUCAAAAUGUAUCUGCUUUCUUGGUGAGGACUUGACCUUGUGUGAACUGUCGAAGUGAAUCUGUGUGCCAGGUGAGUUUGUUUGUCAUAUAUUCGUAAAACUGUAUAGAGCUACUACUACAAGCUACUACUAUCGUAACAGUUUCAUUUAGUGUAAAUUGAUUGGUCGUGCCUGGAGAGUGGGUGCACGGAUGACGUCAAGGAAAUGCGACUGUAGUCGAGGUUGGCGGGUUUUUUUUGGCCGUGUUGUUGUGUUCAAUAAACGGAGACCACCCAACUUGUCCAGGAAGAGCGACUCUAUUCGCAAUACACUAUUAAAAGUCAACACAUGUCAACAUAUGUCCAAUUUUUAUGAGUCA